CGCUCAUAACCACUUGAAUCAAAUGACUUGAUAUAUUUUUACUUUACUUGACAACAACCAUGAUGUUUUAUUACCGAACAACAGAGGCUAAUUAUGGGACCGCAUGUGUCCAAAUUGCGUGUAGGGAGACAGCACAUGAAACAAUUUCUAUGUCCUAAAUGACAGGUUUGAAAGGUCUUUGCUUCUUCUUCAUGUUAUUCUUUUACUUACGUCUUCAACGCGCUCUCACAGUCCCGUCUUUAUCUUUACCUCAACCACUCCUCUCUGUUCUCAUUCCCUUCAUUUAAUCACCGUUUCUCACUUUUCUUCCUCUUUUCCUAAACUUUUCUCAAUCUUCUUCUCUCUUCAACCUUUCCCUUUUCUCUUUUCCUACAAAACAUUCAUCAAAUAUAUAUAUAAUUCACAACAAACCUCUUGGUAACUUCAUGAUCACAAAAUGAAGUGUUUUUUCUUCAAAGAGAAAUCCAAAUCAGCUCCAGAAUUGCAGAACAAGAACAAGAACAAGAGUCCGGCGUCGAAACGGGCAACAAACUCUACUGGCUCUAUAUCUUCUCCUAGAAGUGUGAAGGAUUUGUAUAGAGAGAAAGAACAAAGCUUCAGAGUUUUCACUUUUCAAGAACUUAGAGAUGCUACCAAUGGUUUUAAUAGGAUGCUUAAGAUUGGAGAAGGGGGUUUUGGAAGUGUUUAUAAAGGAUCCAUUAAGCCCCCAGAUGGACAAGGUGAUCCAGUUAUAGUUGCCAUCAAAAGGCUCAACACUCGUGGAUUUCAGGGUCAUAAAGAAUGGCUUGCAGAAGUUCAAUUUCUCAGCAUUGUUAAUCAUCCAAAUUUGGUUAAGCUUUUGGGAUAUUGCUCAGUAGAUGGAGAAAGAGGAAUCCAACGGCUGUUGGUGUAUGAGUUCAUGCCGAACAGGAGCUUGGAAAAUCACCUUUUCAGUAGAACUCUACCUGUCCUUCCAUGGAAAACAAGAUUGGAAAUCAUGCUUGGUGCUGCUGAAGGAUUAGCUUAUUUACACGAGGGAUUGGAGAUACAGGUGAUCUACCGAGAUUUCAAAUCUUCAAACGUUCUAUUGGAUGAGGAUUUCCACCCGAAGCUAUCUGAUUUUGGUCUUGCCAGGGAAGGACCACAAGGGGAUCAGACUCAUGUAUCUACUGCGGUUGUUGGAACACAAGGAUAUGCUGCGCCAGAGUACAUCGAAACAGGUCAUCUCAAAGUCCAAAGUGACAUGUGGAGUUUCGGUGUCGUACUCUACGAAAUUCUCACGGGAAGACGAUCAUUGGAAAGGAACCGUCCGACAACUGAACAAAAGCUAUUAGAUUGGGUUAAACAAUAUCCUGCUGACACUAGCAGAUUCAGCAUGAUAAUGGACCCGCGUCUCAGGAACCAAUAUCCGAUUGUUGCAGCUCGCAAAAUUGCGAAAUUGGCCGACAGUUGCUUAAAGAAGAAUGCAGAAGAUAGACCAUCUAUGAGUCAGAUAGUGGAAGGGUUGAAGCAAGCAUUGCAAUUUUCAGAAAUGUCAAACACUCCUCAUGAUAAUGCUGAAUCAUCUCGGUCAAGAUUGGUUCAAAAAGGUAAAUAGAACUUUUUUUUUAUUUUUAGGACCAAGAAUCUUAUCAGUUAAACAUGAGUUGAAUUAGAAGGAGUUCUGGUCAAUCUUGGAAGUCAAAUUAUUAUUUUUUUUGGAGGGUGAUUUUACUUUUCUUUGGUUUGAACUUUCUUGUUAGUUCGGCAUAGCUCAACAAAAUUAAUGAUCUUAUACUUUGUCAA